AUAAACUUUAUGUUUUAGCCUCGUUUUCAUGUGCCGGUAAUUUCACGUGACCUUAUACCAUAUUGGAUUUCCAACCUCAAAACAUGGCAUCGGGUGAACCAGACAUAAAAGAGGUAGAGGAUUCUGGUCAGGAAGACCAGCAGAUAGUCUCUCCAGACAUGUUGAUCAAACAUCCUUUGCAAAACAGAUGGGCAAUGUGGUUCUUCAAAAAUGACAAAAGCAAAGAAUGGACAGCAAAUCUCAAACUUAUCACAGCAUUCGACACAGUAGAAGAUUUCUGGGGAUUAUACAACCACAUACAAAAAGCUAGUAGAUUACCAUCAGGAUGUGAUUAUUCAUUAUUUAAGGAUGGUAUACAACCUAUGUGGGAAGAUGCAUCAAAUAAAAAUGGUGGCAGGUGGUUAGUAAAUCUCAACAAAAACCAACGACAAACAGAAUUAGAUAACUUUUGGUUAGAAACAUUAUUAUGUUUAAUAGGAGAAGCAUUUGACGAUUUAACAGAUGAUAUAUGUGGUGCCACAAUUAAUAUCAGAAAUAAGGGAGAUAAACUUGGUCUUUGGACACGAGAUGCUAGAAGAGGAGAUGCUACGUUGCAAAUAGGAAAAAAAUUGAAAGAAAGGCUUAAAAUACCUCAAAAAAUAGGCAUAGGAUUUCAGGCACAUUCAGACACAGCCACUAAAGCAGGCUCAACAGCGCGAGAUCGGUACCGAGUAUGACAGCUGCCCCUUCAAUCAGAUCUUCUUGUAUACUUGUUGUUGACUGUUGAAAGUGUUGCAUUUCACCGCAGAGUGCUGCAUUAUUCCCUCAUGUGCGUUAUACCUGAUCUUGUUAAGAUUGUAUUAGUACAAUGAUAAAUGGAAAGAGAUGCUGUAGGUUAAAAUCUUGAUGUGGAAAAUAUGUGUCUACAUGUGUAGGACUGUGUUGCCUGGUAUUAAGACCUACAGCAUCAAGCUGUGUUACUUUUAUGUGGUUUGACAUAGUUAUUUACCAGAUAGGAAAUAUGCACAAUAGCAGUUUACAUAAAUGCUAAUAUGCUUCAUUUAAAAUUGUCAAAUUAAUUGGUGUGUAGAUUUGACUGAAAAAUACAGAACACCACAUAUAUAUGUACAUACAGUUUGAGGAUUUUCAGCAGACCGUUUAUUCUAGGAAUCAUUUACAGUUCUAUCCUUUUUGAUUGGCAACUUAUUUAAAUUAAAUAUAGUGGUGGAACAAGUGUUCGAAGGACACACAUCUAGUUUGGGCUUAAUAGUUUUCUUUAAUUACAAUUUGUCAACAAUCAAAUCUGUUAAAUUCUGACAGUAUGUUCUGCAGUUGCACAGUUAUGAAUCUUUUCACUGUAUUUGUGGGAAUUUGUUACUGUUAUAGUUUUUACUAACUGUUGUAUGAUUUACUCAUUGAAAACCCCAUUUGCAUGUUAUGAAUCUGUUGUAGAAAGACUUAUGAAGAUUUACUGUUUAUUAUUUUGGCAUGUAUAAAGACUCUUGUUUAGAGGAUAAAAAUAAGUGAUUUUUACUUCACAUAAAACAGGAUCAAAUAUUUUCAAAAUGAAAAAGUAGUCUGGAAAUGAAAGGUAUUUUCUGAAGAGUUAAAUGUGUAAUAUAUUUUUGAACUUCAGAAUUGUUACAAUUUAUGAGGAUAUGACUUAAUGUAUUGAAUAUAUAAAGAUGGCCUGCAUCAGUGACAAUGAAAAUAUUUUGUAAAUGAUAGAAAAAAAUUGUACUAGUAGCUAACAUAUUUGACGUGUUUAUACUCCAAACAUGUUAAUUUUACGUGUAUGUAGAUACGCAAAGUAAUUGUUCAUUUAUCCAAAUAUGAAUUUGGCUCUUAUACUAGUAUAGCUUUACUUUAUUUUCAUAAAUGCAGAACUCUCAAAAUGCAUCAAGAAUGUCCUAUAUUCGCAGCAACUCCGAAAAUGCCAUUUAAAAAAAAAAUCCUGUCGACAGUCCUGGGACAAGGCCAGAAGUCAUGUUAGAUCUGCCAUUUACUCUCGUGCUUCCUGCAGACAUAUGUUUGUUUGAACCCUUACCUGAUUUUUUUUUUUAAAAGGAUUAGGUGCAUGAUAUAUACUAGGUGUAAUGAUGCAGGUCAUAUUUAUAUCUGUAUACCUAAUAUGAGGAUAUUUAGCAGUUGGUUGAAAUCAACAGAUUUUUAGAGAUAUAAUGUAAAUAGUCCACAGACUGUUCUGAGGUGCAGGCAAUAGUGUACCAUAAAUUUCUCUGCUUUUCUGUAUAUCUGGUGUGUUUUACAUCGUUUAAUCUUAUGGUGCCUUUAGAUAGAUAUAAAAAAGUUUGGUAGAUGUUGUAUAUAUUUAAAGAAUGUGUUUGGUGAAUGUACUGAUUUAUGUGUGCUUAUUGUUCUUAUAUGCCAGAAAUCAGAAAAUCUUGCUAAUUAUAAAUGCUUGUACUUUUGUUCCUAUAAGUUGAUAUGUGUAGAAUAAUGCAUUUCAGAUGUAACAUCUUCAUAUGUGGCAUAUUUUCCAUAAAAUAAGAUCGGCAGUGGCUUACCAGUUUCAUUUGCAUAUAGUUCCUGCAAGAGGGUGAACUAUUUCAAUGGCAUUUUUUUGGAUCACUAAAAUAUAUUUUUCAAGGACUUUGCUUUCUUUUUGUUUUGUUUAAAAGAAUAUUAACAUCUGCCUUAAUUUGUUGUGGAAAAAAUGACUUAUCCUGUUCUACCCAUAUAUCAAAAUUAAUGUACGAAUGAUUUUUGGUCCCCUACCAGUGGAACACCAGAGGGUACUGUAGGAAUGCCGUCCAUUGGUCUGUCCAUCUGCAAAUCUGGAUCCUGCAAUUACUCAAAAAGUAUUCAAGCUAGGUUCAUAAAACUUGGUAUGUGAAUAGAGGACAAUUUGUAGAUUAUCCACAUACAUGACUUAUGCUUGUAAGUCAUAGUUCAAGGUCUUAAUUGAAGGUCAAGUAAAAACAGUUUCUGCUCCAUAAUUUUGUAUGCAUUGAUUAUCUUAGUUGUAAACACAAACACAUGAUGAGACAAGAUGUCAACACAUGAUCUAUGCUUGUCGGUUAAAGGUCAAGGUCAUUGUUCAAGGUCAAGCAAAAGUAUUUCUGCCCCAUAACUUAUAAUUGCAUUGAAGGAUUUUUCUAUUACUACACAGAAAUGUUUCCCAUGAUUAGACUGUGUCAUGCACAUGACCCAUGGUUGUCUGUCAAACGUCAAGGUCACUUUUGAAGGUCAAGUAAAAUUAUUUCCGCUCCAUAACUUAUGUGCAUUGAAGGAUUAUCUUAGUACUGCACACAAAUGUUCACCAUUAUGAGACAAUGUGUCAUGUACAUGAUCUAUGCUUGUAGGUGUCAACCCGCCCGCUUAGCUCAGUAGGUAGAGCGUUGAUCUACGGAUCGUGGGGUCGUGAGUUUGAUGCUCGGGCGGGGGGUAUGUUCUCCGUGACUAUUUGAUGAGUGACAUUGUGUCUGAAGUUAUUAGUCCUCCACCUCUGAUUCAUGUGAGGAAGUUGGCAGUUACUUGUGGAGAACAGGUUUGUACUGGUACAGAAUCCAGGAACACUGGUUAGGUUAACUGCCCACAGUUACAUGACUGAAAUAUUGUUGAAAAACGGCGUUAAACCCAAAACAAACAAACAAAAUGCUUGUAGGUCAUGGCCGUUAUUGUAAUUUAAGUUACGAUAGUUUUUGUUUCUUAGCUCCUAAAUGCCUUGAAGCAUUUUUAGUAAACAGUGAUUCCAACAACCACAAGGGCUGUCUGUAUUGCAACUGCAAAACUUGGUCACUUGUUUUCUUGACUUUUUAAAAUUUGAUAUCUCAUUUUAACACAUACAGCAUUUUGGCUUGUGUAACAUUUUUGAAAAUAUGAUAUUAUUUAGACACAACUGGCUGCUAAGUCAUAAGAAAUAGCAUAUAAUGGGAUUGUUCAUUAUUAAGCCUAUGUAUAGUAAUCAAUUUGCUUAACAAGUUUAGAGCUAGGUAUUUUGGAGAAGUUAAAUUAUAUAAAACCAUCGAUACUGUCUAUUGCAAGACACUGCUAGCCUGUAAAUUUAUCCCAGGUUGCAAUUUGACCAGUCUGAGAUAUUCUGUCAUCAUGCUUUCAUGUUCUUACUGAUAUAUAUACCAGGUUAAAGUAUUAAUUCAUGUAUAAUUAUAUAUUCUGGUAUUAUAUAAAGAAACCUGUCUUGUUUAACUAAUCUGCUUCAUGUAUGAAUAUUAUUUGUAUUGAAGCAUUGUAAUGUGUAUCUUUUCUUCCUUGACUAUUUUUAUUUCCUUUUGUAGUUUCAAAGGGUAUGUUCUUUUGCUUUGUUUCUAUAAAAAUAUUUAUUAAAGGUAUAAAAACAACUCUAGUAAAAAGAAAGUAAAAAAAUGCAAGCAAAUAAUUUUUCAAAUUAUUUAUUUAACGACUGUAUAAUUCUGCUGUUUUUAUGGAGGAAUUGAGGAACAUAGUAUUUGCUUUUUUGCAGUUACGAAAUGAGUGACUUUUUUUAAGGCUGAAGAAAUUGUUUACUGUCUGCCUUUUUUAAAACAUUGAAUCAAUGUAGCAGUAUGCACUGUAACUGAUGUAUUUAGUUAAGUUUAGACUACACAUUAUUUCUACAGUUUUAUUGUGCAAAAUAUUUAUUUCUAGUAUUUUUUAAUAUCUAAAGUACACUAAUAAUCCAUAUAAUUUUCAUGGAUUUUUUUUUUUGGAGGGAAGGAGUGGGGUAGGUCACUUUUGAUAGUUUGGAAUUCAUAUGACUAUUAGAUUAUGGAAUUCAUACGAAAUUUAAAUUGGAAUUAAUUUAUCAGACAAUAUUCUAGUAGAAUGCAAAGUAAAUGAAAUGUCUUGGUAUGAAAGCAGUCUAAAUGUUAACCAAUUUGAACAUUUGUAGGAGUUUCGUCUGCUUAAUUAAAAUUUAUAACUUUGGAAAGAGUUAACUGUCAAAAAUAAUUGGAAGUAUUUUUGACAGAUUUUUCUAGACUUUGCAGCAGUGGCAGACAAUUUUCCAAAGUGGCCAAUAGGGUUAUGGAAACAUGAAAAUUAAAUGUUUGGUUAGAGAUUGUUGAAAUAUUUAAGUAUCUGAUGUAUAUUUUGACUGGAAUGAAACUAUAUUGUGAAUGUAGAUGGUGAUGAUGGAGUUUAUGCUAAGUAAAAUGCAAUAUUGAUUAAAUAUGAACAUUGUGUA